AUGGCAAGCUUUAUGAAAAUGGUAGUCAGCAAUUACCAUGAAAUCUUGGAAAGCAAUAAAGAUCCACUCGUAGACACGUGGUUUCUCAUGGGUUCACCGGUACCUGUCCUUGCUAUCCUCAGUACCUAUCUCCUCUUUGUUUUAAAAGUUGGACCAAAGAUGAUGGAAUCAAGGCCACCUUUCCAACUCAACAAUGUACUAAUACUCUACAAUGCUAUUCAAGUUUUAUUCAGCAUUUGGCUAGUGUCCUUGGUUUUAAAUGAUAAAUUUAUCAGCUUCAUAUAUCCAAGCAGUUGCAGCAAAGAUGACGUAGCUCCAGAAAAAAAUGUACAAGAGAUGAUUUCAUCGGCAGCGUGGUGGUACUUUUUCGCGAAAAUAAUUGAACUUCUCGAUACGAUAUUCUUCGUUCUUCGGAAGAAACAAAAUCAAGUUACUUUUCUUCACGUUUACCAUCAUACGAUAACUGCCCUAUUUUCAUGGUGUUAUCUGAAACUUUUACCCGGAGAACAAGGACUUUUGAUUGGUUUCUUAAACUCAUCCGUGCAUAUAGUCAUGUACACCUACUACAUGAUCGCUGCUUUGGGACCACGGUAUAGAAAAUGGUUAUGGUGGAAGAAAUAUAUGACUUGGAUGCAACUGAUCCAAUUCGGCCUUAUGCUUGUCUACCUGGUGGCUAUUCUUGCGAUGGACUGUGCUAUGCCAAAAGCCCUUACCUACUUCUUUGUUACGAAUGUUGUUAUUUUCAUUUAUCUGUUCAGUGAUUUCUAUCGCAAAUCUUAUGUGAAGAAAAAGACAAUUUAA